UCAGCGACUUAUAGCGGGACUGGGGCGGACAUUCUUGACACUGGGGGGGGAACUGACUAACUGCCACUGACAAUCCCCAGUGACACCAAUACAGUGAUCAGUGCUAAUAAAAAGCACUGACACUGCUGGCACUAAUGGCACUGGGCAGGAAGGGGUUAACAUCUGGAGCGAUCAAAGGGUUAAAUGUGUGCUGUGUGUUUUUUUCACUGUGUGCUGUGUCUGUGCUUUCCACUGUAAGCACACUGCUUUCUAUGGCUGCUGUGCAGAGCCAUACAAAGCAGUGUGCUGGAGCUGAUGAGGGAGAGAUCUGUAUUGCUUACAUACAGUUCUCUCCCCCCAUCGGUAGUACUCGGACAAUCACCAGGCGGGACCCGGUG